UGUUUUUUAUUUGUAACAUAUUUCUUUUACUUGUCUACGUAGAAGAGUGAAUAUUUUGUCAUACCUAAACUAUAACAUACAAUCUAUUAACAUGGGUCCUGAAACAUUCUUCAAUUCGCUUUAAUUCAAAGUAUUGAAAAUUAAAUAGACCUUCCAGUACAUGCUAAUUAAGUAAAAUCCUGUGCAGUGAGACUUUUAAGACUUGAACCGAUUAAAUCCCGACCCGAACCAAAAUCGGGUACCCGCACACCCCUAGUCCAUCGCUAUCGGUGUUUCGAGAAGGGUCUGUAACAAACAAAAUACUUUAUUGAAUGUUUCAACUAAAAUUAAUAAAAGGAAGCUGUUCGCGCCACUGCUAUACUAAUUAUUGCUCCGAUCACGAAAGUAGAGUACUUUAUCGAAAUACCUUAGCGAUUCAAUGAUGAUUGGCAAUAAUAAGCUAAAGUACACAAAGAUUUCUUGGUAAUAGUCCUCUUUGACGUGGGGGCCCCUCUUGAAGACAACCGUAGGUUUAGAAGCUCGCAUUAACGAGCUUGUUUGCAGCCUUGUUAUACCUCCCUCGAGCAAGAACAGCGACGUCGAAUAAAACGGGAAACGUGAAUCGAAUUUGUCCGGGAAGAAGAAUCCUUCGCGAUGCGUUGGCCGCGAAUAAUUCUUAUCGUUGCCCGUGGCCGUGUCUCGAAUUUAUUUCUUAAGAAACGCGCGUCCUUGACACUGGCCUUGGUCAACUUGUACAACAAUUCAUGCAUUCCGUCCAUUUUUACAGCUCGGUUUCGAUGGCCACGUAAGGAUACCCCCGAGUAACGGGAUGAGCAACGUUCCUGGCGGUAAAACAGCAAUCUCGUUCCAUGCGAACGGCGAGGGUGAAAUGCAGCCUGUGGCAUUCCCCACGGACGCUCUGAUAGGACCGGGAAUUCCACGUCACGCGCGUCAGAUUAAUACCUUGACUCACGGCGAAGUUGUGUGCGCUGUUACCAUCUCGAAUCCGACCAAGUACGUCUACACCGGCGGCAAAGGGUGCGUGAAAGUCUGGGACAUCGGACACGAAGGCGGCGGCAGCAUCAAGCCCGUCUCGCAACUGGACUGCCUGCAACGCAACAAUUAUAUUAGAUCGGUGAAGCUGCUGCCCGACUGCCGAACCCUGAUAGUUGGAGGCGAGGCGAGGCAGCUGAUCAUCUGGGACCUGGCCAGCCCAACGCCGCGGAUCAAAGCCGAACUGACCUCCUCGGCGCCGGCCUGCUACGCGCUGGCCAUCUCGCCGGACUCGAAAGUCUGCUUCAGUUGCUGCAGCGACGGUAACAUCGCCGUGUGGGAUCUCCACAACGAGAUCCUGAUUCGGCAGUUCCAAGGGCACACGGACGGCGCCUCCUGCAUCGACAUCUCCGCGGAUGGCACGAAGCUCUGGACGGGAGGGCUGGACAACACCGUGCGUUCCUGGGAUCUUAGGGAAGGCAGGCAGUUGCAGCAGCACGACUUGAACUCGCAGAUAUUCUCGUUAGGAUAUUGUCCCACGGGAGAAUGGCUCGCGGUUGGCAUGGAGAACUCCAAGGUCGAGGUGCUCCACGCGUCCAAGUCCGACAAGUACUGCCUGCUCGUCCACGAAUCCUGCGUCCUAUCACUGCGUUUCGCGUCCUGCGGCAAAUGGUUUGUCUCCACUGGCAAGGACAAUCUGUUGAACGCUUGGCGCACGCCGUACGGCGCCUCGAUAUUCCAGUCGAAGGAGUCCUCGUCGGUGCUGAGCUGCGACAUCUCCGCCGACGACAAGUACAUCGUGACCGGAUCCGGUGACAAAAAAGCCACUGUAUACGAAGUGAUUUACUAGACACACGAUGAGAGACGUUUCCAACGUUUUUCUCUCUCUCUCUCUCUCUCUCCCCCCACUCCCCUCAUCGAGAACCCUGAACUCUUGAAACACGCGUCGCCGCUCCCGUUCUUUCGCGGGGGAGAUCUUACAAGUGAGACUUUUAGCAGCCUUAGGAGCCUAGACUGUUACUACUGUGUACAUAUAUAUACGUACGAAGUCUAUACCAUGGUAGAGUCGCGUUCGUGGGACGGCGCGAAGAUGACGAGGAAGACGCGGAAGAAAUCGAAGGAAGAAGACUGGAGGAAAGAAACGACGAAAACCUAAUGUGUGGGCCAGAGGAACCUGUAUGUAUAUUAGAGUUGCGUGCGCGUGGCCCGAUUGUAUCUACGACGGUGUGAUUACGUAGAGGAACUCUUUCUUUGUCGCGUGUAUACAACGAGAACGUGUUAAUGGGACGUUACCAAGCGAUCUUGCAUGAGCGUUAAGUGAACGGGAAAGCCUUGCGAAAUGGUGAUGCUAGAUAUGAUUUUCGUAUAAGUACCUAAUUAUAGAAUCAACACGCCCGUGACAGAUUGUCGAACAGCACGAAGACCAGAGACGGGCGAAAUUCUUAUCCGGAUACGAAUUUCGAUUAACCGAAUGAAAGAUAAACAGCUGUACGUUGUUUACCCUCGACAUCAACGAGGCCAAUCCGAAUUGUGCAAUCAAAAUUUACGUCUCGCCUCGAUGUAACGACACCGAUUAGGUUUGUGCGUGUUGUUAUUUCGGGGUAGGGUUGAGGUUUUCGAGCGUCGACUUUCCUUGAUCCAAGGUUGAAUGUAGUGUGACAAGGGAUGAGUCCUUGGCUAGUAAAUAUUAAGGCAUGUUAUUUUUCAGAAUAUUUUUUUUUUUUUUUUUUUUUUUUUUUGGAAGUAUCAGGAAUGGAUUUGUGAGAUUUUCCUGAUAAAAACGAGCCCAAACACGAUCCCAUUCGGACCAUUCUCGAUUAUUCAUCAUUCGAAUCAUUUAUUGAAAUCAUUCUCACGCGUCUAAUUAAAUACGAUCCGAAUACGGUCGUGUUUGGGCUCAUUUUCAUCGGGAAACUCACACGAAUUCACUAAUUAUAGUCCCGUGUACAAACGCUGCGAAAUAUAAAAUAUUAAUUUGUAUUAGUUUCCAGUCAAGCGAGGCUCAUAAUAAAUAUGUUUAGGCGACCGUAAUAUUUCUAACAACAAUGAGAAGGAUUCGUGUCGUUAUAUCGAGGCAAAAUAUCAGCUCAAUCGAAUCAACGUUGUGAAUAAGUCGUUGCACAGUUCUUUUAUUCGUCGUUUUUCGAUCAAACACAAUUUCUCCCGUCUCUGACGAUGAUGACGAACGGCUCGAAUAAUGUCUACGAAAUUGUGCCCUCUCUCUAACCCCGGACAUUUUUGUCGAGAACUUUUACAAUUUUUGCAAUCACUGUCCCUCUUUAGCGUGUUGCCGACGAUAAUAGUAAACUUACAUACCGUUGUGUACCUUGAACCCUUUCGAGACGGCGAGCGACUAUAAUCAUUUCCCGUAAAGCAUGCUCGCUAUAGUUCAAGGGCAACUAUAGUCCUCUACGAGCCACAGUGUAAUAUCUUAUGCCCAUAGCGCUAAUUGACAUCGGUAAAGGAGGCACAAUGGAAAGUAAGUAUACGUAGAGUCCUCAAUUUCCGUUCGUGCGUCGCGAAAGGGUUCGACCGUCUUAAAUGUUCAUAUGCACCUAAUUGUCGGAACAGCGAUUGGAAAAUUCGCGGGUGAUUCGUUUUGAAACUGUUUGUUGACGAUGACUCCGCUGUUUCUACCUGAAAGGAAAGUAAACGCGAAUUCUGCACUGUGGGAGCAGUGUUGUGUAUUGUUUAAACGUAACUGGCCAUGACCACUAAUUUUAAAUAUAUCGAUUAAAAAUAA